CACACACACACACACACAUCUCUGUAAGCCGGGAGAGGUUAAGCUCCUCACUGGAUCCUAAAGAUCUGUGGAAAUCGUCGAUAACCAGACCCUGCAUGGAGCACAGCAGCGGCACAGAGGACGCCUGUAUCUCCACACAAGGAUCUGUGGAGAAUUCAAGACCCCAGGAUUUAGUCAUGUAUGAACUUCCACUGCAGAAACAAAGGGAAAGAGUUCCUUUUCAGAUCUUUCCUGAUCCUGUGGAAGUGGUACUGGGUACAGAGGGAACUCUGGGAUGUGUGCUGCAGGGGAAAGAGCGUCUGCCUUCCAUCGUGGUCGAGCCAACGGACAUCAGCGAGGUGGAGAGCGGAGAACUGCGCUGGCCACCGGAGAACGAGGACUCUGAGGACGAGGACCUGUUUUUGGAGCAGUGCAUCCCACCAGCUAACAUUGCUGACUGGGGGGAAGAAGACGAAGAUGAAUCCAUCAUCAUUAGCAACCAGUCGAGCAACUCGCUUUUGGCACUUCAGUCAGAGGAUUUCAGAGACGACACCCUGACUCUUCCUCCUGAAAAUCUUCCUGCACUAAAGUGAACUGCUACAGUGUUCAGCCGUCUGAGAGUGUGUUUGGUCCUAUUAAAUGACUCUCUUCAAUUUUUUAAUCCAGUACUCAGUAUGUACCAUAAUACAUGUUCAACAGUGUUGUCUUCAGUCUUCAGCAUAACAUUUGUAAAAUAGGAACUAAGGCAGGAUUACAAAAUCCCUCAGUGACAUCAGCUCGGUAGUGUCAGUAAAAUUUACAUUGUGUGGCAAUUUCUUCCUUUUUUUUUUUAAAGACUGCUUUGUUUUAGUAACUGUUACUUGUAUUCAUCCCAAUGUGCAUCAGAUUAAAUUUACUGUUCCUCUUUCACUGA